AUGAGCGCGUCAGCGUCAUCCAUCGACACAGACGGCAUGACCGUCAAGGGGUACUUCAACUAUUUGAGUGAGCAAUACGUUUCUAAGGUUUUUAAUGGUAGCUUCGAGAGUUCCAACCCCGCCCACCAGAGAUUUCUUUGCAAUCUUAUUGCGCAGUUUGAGGAGUUGUGGAGACGAAUAGGUGCGGUUGGCGCCUUUUCCAUGAACGAUAAUUUAGAUGACUACACAACUGCCGCUUUAGAAUUCUUGUGGGUGCCGUAUAUUCUGGCUGACCUUUAUCAGCGUUUCCAGGCGUCCCCAAGUGGGCCAUCCGAAUUGAGCGGCAAGGGUCUGUCUUUGCCAUCAUCGACCUCCGCAGCAGCUCUGCAGACAAGUCCGGCAUGUCUGAGAACUGGACUCAAUUCUUCCCACCAUGCGGUUAAUUCCGACGGUAAAUCCAACAACGAGGACGGCGGCCAUUUUGACUACAAUCACGUUGGGGAAAAGCCGACGGAUGCGAUUUUGGUCGAGACGAGUGCGGUCGAUUUGGGUGGGCUUUCUCGACAAGACGCCCUUACACGGUCCCAUGCGUGGUUUCAGGUUUUUUUUGAAUGGCUGGCGAAUACCGAUUUGAUGGCGAAGCGUGAGGUGGAGACGUUCUCUAUCUAUCGUCCUGACCAGCGCACGCUGCGGAUUCAACUUUCCCGCACUUGUAGUGAGCUUCGCCAACAACUCAGGGAGUGCGAGGCCAAGGUGAACUAUCAGCGCGCCAAACGUCGUCGAAUGCGGGAGUUGAUGGCGGAGAACGGCGAGGCCGUCGAGGAGGACGGUGGGGAGGAGGAGGAGCUGCUGCGGGAGCGAGGGCUCGCGCGGCUGCGUUGGUCCGGCUACGAUGCCUGCCAUCAACUUCAGCUCUCGGGGCGGGAGUUGGAGAUGUUGGAGGCGAUUUCCACCGAACAGCGGGGGGCCAUCGCCGCGGACUACCAGCGGACUCUUGAGGCCGUGCGCGCGGGCGAGCUGUCCCUUGGCCGGCAUACCUAUACGAUCCUACCGGGCGGGAUGAUGAUGGCGGGGAGUUUGCAUAAUCCGCAGUCGAUCGAUUCCGUCCUUGAACCGCCGCCCGGGGCGUUGGUGGGUGGGGUAAUGAAUAGCCAGGCGAUGAAUGCGAAGUCGAGUACGCAGCUAUUUCGACAGCAAGUGCGCGAUGAACUGAUGACCGAUCGUAAUCCCACCACCUUGACGCUUGAGGAGUUUGCGCAGAAGGAGAUGGCGGCAAUGCAGCGCGAUAUGUCGGAGGCGCUCGCGGCCCAGGCGGAGGCCGCGGAGGAGGAGAAGCGCCUCGGCCCGGAGGGCGUCGAGGAGCGGCAGCGGAAGAAAGACAGCGCCUGGCAAGACUGGAAGGAUAACCACCCGGCAUAUGGAAUUACCAAAAAAGGAAACUAUGCAUAG